GUCAGUUAGUGAGAGGACAUCAGUGAGGUGUUGGUUCGGUGUCUGGACUCUGGUGGGUUCCCUCAAACAUGUCCUUUACCUUCCCCUCUACUGUAGAAGACUUGGAUUUCGAAAAAUUGGCAGAUUUGGGCCCUCCUCCCUCAUGUAAUUCCUGCAAGAAUUUAUAUGACACUGACAGCAGGUUGCCCCACGAGUUGGAAUGUGGUCACACGACAUGCACACGCUGCUUGGAUACCAUACUUAUGAGUGAUAAAAAAUGCAAGGAUUGUAACAAAGAAAUAGAUUUCACUAAUGUUGCAGGAGUCCCUCUUUCACUCUCCAUGUUGAGAAUGGCGCGCUUAAAAGAAUUAGAACCUCCUAAUACUAGCAGUAUGAAACACAAGGCCACCAAAAAUAUGGGAACAAUAAAGAGAGGUAAAAAGCAUUUGCAAAUGUUUGACAGCAGAAACAUUAAUAGAGAGGAUUUUAAUAAAAGAUCCCAAAAUGCCAGCAAAGCAAAAGAUGAAAAAAAAUCCAUAAUGGAAGAAGCUAGUGUUGGUACUUGUAUUCAUCAUUCUCACCCUGUAAUAGGAUACUGCCAAACCUGUAACAAAGUAGCCUGUAAGGACUGCCUAAUCUUCGAUCACUACAGAGUAGACGGACGAAUAUGUUUAGUUACUUCCAUUGUAUCCAUGACAAAAUUAUUUACCAAAGACUGCAAUGAUACGAUAGUCUUGAAUGAAAUUAUAAUUGAGUUCCAUAAAUUUCGGAUUGAGGCCUUUAACAUUUAUCUUGAAAAAAAACUUGCUGAAUUUGAGAGUAAUGAACAAGGAACUAACGAUAUCACGACAAUGGAGCGUUUCUACGAUGACCUGUUAUGUAUGGUUUUAGAUACACGGGAACACCUAGAUGAACUAUUGAGGGCUUUACAUUUCUAUAAGGUCGAAGUAAAUAAUCUUCGCUGCACAGAUAAAUUAUCUUGCGAUCUGAGAGAGAUUAGCCAUAGCAUUGACUCAAUAGAGAAUCACUUGUAUCCUGUGGAGAUUUUUGCAAAAAAAUUUUGUAAAUUGUGCCCUGACUUUUCCUACAGAGAGUUGUUUAGUAAGAUUUCUAUGGAUGAUAGGAGAAGACUGAGGUACGUCAUUGCUGCAUUAUCAAAUAGCUUGAAGUUAAAUGAAUUUGAAUGUAAAAACAUUUUUUCAGAAGAAAUUUUAGUACAGGUAAUGGGGAAACACCCAGAAGUAGUACAAUUUUCUCAUUCCAUGACUCCUGAAUUCCUCUCUACUUAUUCAGAAAAGCAACUUUCAACAUUUUUCAGGAUGGUUGUAAAAUACAAUCGGGUUCUCCUUGCACGGCUUGCUAUUUUGCCAGGGGAAGAAAUCAUCAAUUGUGGGAGAAAUAUAUGGAUAGAAGAAUCAACAAAAGCUUUUCAAGGAAAAGUAAGCGGACAGUCAUUGGCAACAAACUCAGAUUCAAAGGUUAAAAAUGACUCAACAUCCCAACAAGAUAACUUCCAUCUACUCGGUGCUAGACCAAAAAUCAUUCCCAAAAAAAGUUCCAGAAAAUCUGGUUCUAAAGCGAUAAAAUCUCAAGUGCUGCCAUCAUCUUCAAAACAAGACAAUCCUUCAGGCAGUACAAAAACUAAUGAGAAUGUCAAAAAACCUGCAAUAAACAAAAAGAAUUUGCAAACACCAUCACAUCACAACGUUUUUUCCAAGGAACCAGCUGAUUUCGCUAGAGCCAAAGAAUCGACAAGAAAGGGAAACAAAUCUCCAAUCUGCAGCCUUCCAAAAAAAACAACAGAAUCUUUCUCAGCACUAACAUCAGUCCUAACUCCUUCCCUCGCUUUCAUCAUUGCUACUUCACCAGUCGAACUCGCCGAUAUUGAUUCUCAUUAUACCCAGUUUUUUCAAAUUUACAGCCUAGGUAAACUUUUUGAGUCCAUGAAUAAUGAUACAGAAGUAGAUAUCAAUACAUUUAAGGAACAAAAACUUUUGCACGAAAAACGUUUAAAAUGUUAUAAACAAGUAGAUUUAUUUGAAGAGUGUUUAAACCCCUUCACAAUUUUCGACAAUGACAUUUUUAAAUAUUCAGCACCAAAAACGCCACCAAAAGAGAAUUAUAAAAGAGAGGAGGAUGUAGCCCUUCCUAAGUCUAGUGCAAGCCAGUCCGGAUAUGAAGCAAGCCAAAGAGAACAAGAGGAUAGAAAGAGAGAACAUGAGGAUAGCCACAGAGAAUGUGAGGCAAGCCAGAAAGAAUGUGAGGCAAGCCAGAAAGAAUGUGAGGCAAGCCAGAGAGAAUGUGAGGCAAGCCAGAGAGAUGAGGAAAACCAGAGGGAAUAUGAGGCAAGCCAGAGAGAUGAGGAAAUCCAGAGAAAAUAUGAGGCAAGCCAGAGAGAUGAGGAAAUCCAGAGAGAAUGUGAGGCAAGCCAGAGAGAUGAGGAAAUCCAGAGUGAAUAUGAGGCAAGCCAGAGAGAUGAGGAAAUCCAGAGUGAAUGUGAGGCAAACCAGAGAGAAGAUGAGGCAAGCCAGAGAGAAGAUGAGGCAAGCCAGAGAGAAGAUGAGGCAAGCCAGAGAGAAGAUGAGGCAAGCCGGAGAGAAGAUGAGGCAAGCCGGAGAGAAGAUGAGGCAAGCCAGAGAGAUAAGGAAAACCAGAGUGAAAAUGAGGCAAACCACAGAGAUGAGGAAAUCCCGAUAGAAUGUGUGGCAGGCCGAGUAGUAAACAAGGAAAGACGAAUGGAAUUCGAAGUAAGACAACGGGAGUAUGAUGAAGAUCAGAGGGAAUUAAAUGCAAUUCAGAAAGAAUGGGAGGCAAUCCAGAUGAAACGUAGGUUAGAUAUCAUUUCACCAGUACCUACAAGAAAGAAGACUAAAGAUACAUCAGGCAAACCAGUCUAUUGCUUCCUAACAGACGACCCAAUCUCUGCAGUGGCUUUACCAUUCCUUUCAAAGUUGGCACCUUUCAACAAGAAGGAAGAGACAAACCCAAGACUGAGUCCUCGAAGUUCAGAUGAUAUCGGAGUAGUGCCUGGAACAGGUUCAAGUUGUGCAACAAAACAGAGUGAAGAAGAACUGAACGAAAAUUUACAUCAUCAAAAUUCAAUUAAAGAUGAACAACGAUUUAAAACUCAAGAUAAAUCCCCAGGAGGAACAUUAGAUCCAACAGAUACUCUAGAAUAUACCUUUAUGCCCAACAUCCAAACUGGUGCCAGUCAGACAACAAUAUCGAAGAUAGCAGAAACACGCGAUAAUGGUGGAAGUGGUCCUGAAUUUUCCAUUCAAGAAAAUCUAGGUCCUCAAAAAGCUCUCGCGAAAGCCAAGCAACUUUGUAAAGAGCAUGAUCUCGAUAAUUCAUAUGUACCAUAUCUAACCAGCAUGUUUGCCCGAUUAAUCCCUCCCUCAACAGAAACUGCUCUCUCUAUUGUUAACCACAUGGAAAAAUUCCGUGUCCCACCAAUCCUACCACCAACAGGAGAGAUAAAUGUAAUUGAAUCAGGCGAAAAGGAAACUGAAUCCAUAUGCUGUGUGCGUCCGCACCUUACUUCUUUACUGCGACGUACUGGAUUUAAGAUUCCUUUACCAAAGAAGAGGAGAACACACGAUGCCCAGAGGAGGAUGUGAUGCGAUUGAAUGCCCCGUGAAUCUUAUUAUUUAAUAAAAGAUUUACGAAGCUUUUAUGAAGACACUAAAGAAUUCUGCAAUUCAAGAUCCUGGUGUCUUUGACAUUGCUAAUAUUUUUAACCAGAUUCUAUAAUAUUUUUAUUAUCUGUAUAAUGCUAAUGUCUGAGAGCCUUUUAAAAUCUUAACAAAAUAGUGGAUAAAACACUAUAACCUCAUUUUAUAGAAAUGUUACUUACUUACAUAUCGAGUUCACUAUAUCAACUGUAACUAAAUUAGCUUAGUUAUUAAUUUUCAAUUACUAAACUAUACGGUAAUGAUCUCGGGUAAAAAUAUUUUAAAAGUUUUUCUUAUAUUUUAUAUCUGUUAAAAGAAACCAUAAACACUCGCUAACAAUUAUCUGAUUAAAAACUUAUCUUUUAA